UUGAAAAGCGGCCGAGCAACUUCCCACGGUUCGUGUCUUGUGAUAGUAUUGUACAGGAAAACCAAAGGCCACGGUAGUCUACCAUUAAUGUCAACAUGGGGGCUUGUCUGGCCUUGUGCUCUUUAGCCAGCUGUGCCUCCUGUCUGUGUGGUUCAGCACCAUGCAUGUUGUGUUGCUGCUGUCCCUCCUCCAAUAACUCCACCGUCACACGGCUGGUUUUCUCCUUCUUUUUGCUGCUGGGGACCAUGGUGUCUGUCAUUAUGAUCCUUCCUGGAAUGGAGGCACAGCUCCGUAAAAUCCCAGGAUUUUGCCAGGGAGGAACUUCUAUACCUGGUAUCGAAAACCACGUUAAUUGCGAUGUCAUUGUGGGCUACAAGUCCGUGUACCGCAUGUGCUUCGCGAUGACUUGCUUCUUCUUUCUGUUCGCCGCCAUCAUGAUUGGUGUGCGUAGCAGCAAAGACCCACGUGCAGGUGUUCAAAAUGGGUUCUGGUUCUUUAAGUUUCUGAUCCUCAUUGGGAUUACAGUGGGAGCUUUUUUCAUCCCUGAUGGAACAUUUCAUACUGUGUGGUUUUACUUCGGAGUGGUGGGAUCCUUCAUCUUCAUUCUAAUCCAACUUAUUCUUCUCAUUGACUUUGCUCACUCGUGGAACAAGGUGUGGGUAGAAAAUGCUGAAAAUAGUGACAACAAAUGCUGGUUUGCAGGCCUGCUGUCUUUCACCUUCCUCCACUAUGCCCUGGCUUUCACUGCUGUGGUGCUUUUCUACGUUUACUACACACAGCCUGACGAUUGCACAGAGCACAAGGUCUUCAUCAGCCUGAACCUUAUCUUCUGUGUCAUUAUCUCCAUUGUCUCCAUCCUACCCAAGAUACAGGAAGCCCAGCCACACUCCGGUUUGCUCCAGGCUUCACUCAUCUCCCUCUACACCAUGUAUGUCACUUGGUCUGCAAUGACCAACAAUCCAAAUCGAAAGUGCAACCCCAGCCUGUUGAGUCUAGUGUCCAACGUCACCACCACUCCGCCAUCUGGUGACGGCACACCAGGAACGGUGCAGUGGUGGGAUGCUCAGGGCAUUGUUGGUUUGAUUAUCUUCCUCUUCUGCACUCUCUAUGCCAGUAUCCGUUCGUCCAGUAACACCCAGGUUAACAAGCUGAUGCAGACAGAGGAGGGCGGAGGGUCAGGUGGAGAGGGUGUGGUGGGAGAGGAUGGCAUACGCAGGGCCGUGGACAAUGAGGAGGAGGGAGUCACCUACAGCUACUCCUUUUUCCACUUCCACCUCUGUCUGGCCUCUCUGUACAUCAUGAUGACUCUCACCAACUGGUACCAACCAAACACCACCACCCAGGCCAUGCAGAGCAGUAUGCCAGCUGUGUGGGUGAAGAUGAGCUCUAGCUGGCUGGGCCUCGCGCUGUACCUCUGGACCCUCAUCGCCCCUUUCAUCUUCCCCGACAGGGAUUUCAACUGAACGCGCCUUGUCUCUUAGCUGUAUUUUUGUUGUUUUGUUUUCUUGCCUAGUGUCUUAGGCAGUGUAAAAGGAUGCUAUAAAGGAAACAGGAAGGAUAUUACGAAGGAAAUACAUUCAAUCUAUUUGUAUUCCUUUUUUAAUUAAUUGCUUCUGCGUAAAGUGGGUUUUUUUUUUGUUUGCCUGAUUGAUGAUGUUUUAGCUGGUCAUUUUGCCAAUGAAUCACCUUAUUAGGAAACUUACCUUCCACCUGAUGUGCUCGUAAUACAACUGUGUGACUUUUUGCUGUAUUUCAAUUAUUGCACUAGAAUCACAAAGACUCUGCAACAGGGCACUUUCCUAAUACCUCAGACAUUUCAGUUUCAGAUUCCCUUUUAAAGGCCUGUGACAUCAGACUUCUCUGAUUGGCUGGGUCUAGAAUCCCCCUGAUUAGCUGGACCUUUUUAGUGCUGAAGGGGGCCAGGCAACGAGGAGAUUUCUCCCUCGGAGCCCCAGAGUGAGGUGAGUGUGAGAGUUAGAUAAGACUAAUACGACACACCCUACAGAUCAUAACAGGGCUUCCCUUUUGCUGCUAGGCUGUAUGCAAAUCCACAUCAUUAUACCUUGAGCCAGAGAGUCCUAAAAGACCACCAGUCUAAUCUCAGCUCGUCCUCGCCUACUCCAUCCUAUGGUAAUUUAUCUCCGGUGCUAUACCUCUCCAUGUCUGACUGUGUUUGGCCUUGUACAGCCACGGGCGACAAUCUGUACCUGUAUAGCAGUCUGUUUGCAGCAGGGAGAGGUAUUGAUCUAUAGCAGUCAGCAUCAUGCAAUGUGCAGCGAUGCGGCUCAGGGGGGUGAUGGCGUGAACACCACUCUACCUGUGCUCUCACUAAUGCCCUUAUUUCCAGAAUGUUGCAGAGUACUUAUUGAGUCAAGAAGAAAGGGAUUUUUAAUUGUCGCUGUGUACAAAACAACACAUUUCAGUCCUGAUAAAUUGCUGUUAAGUGGUAUUGACUUCAAUAGUAUGUUGAUGGUUGUAAUGAUGGUACAGUAAUUUUAUGCAUUAUAUAGUAGUUACCUCAAUUUCAAUAUGAAUGGAUGAGUUAUAUUAAGACCGAUGAUUUUGUACCUAAUGAAGAAAUGUUUUGGUACAAUCCUGAGAUGUUAUCCUUGUCUAUGUUUUUCAUUUUCAACAUUUCACUGCCUGCACAUAUCAAUCAGAUCUUCUGUUUAUUUGGCUGCAUAUGAGUAUUGUGAAAGGAGUAUUUCAAAGUGUUGUGAUAAGUUGAAAUCUUUUUUUUAAUUUUGUUUCUCAAACAUGUCAAAGGUAUUGUACAUAUUACCAUUAACAACCUACUAAGGACAUUGUUUAUGCAGAAUUGCCAUGUAAGUUAACAUGUAAUAUUUCAUAACACUAUCAAGUGCCUUUUUGUAGUCUUGCGUUUAAAAACAAAUUAAACACUAAUGCUGGUGUGUGCUUGUAUUGCCUUGCCUUACAUUGUGCUCAUUGCAUGCCAUAAGGCAUAGGUCUAUGACAGGAAUUAAUAUUGUAUUUAAUGUAUAAACACCGUUUUUAAUAAAGAUUGAAAUCUGUCACUCA